AUGGGCAAGCUCAUCCGGCUCGAACUCUUCAACUUCAAGUCUUAUCGCGGCCAUCAUGUUUUGUUGUUCGGCGAUUCGCACUUCACUUCCAUCAUCGGCCCCAAUGGUUCGGGCAAGUCCAAUUCAAUGGACGCAAUUUCGUUCGUCCUGGGCAUCAAGUCCUCGCAUCUUCGAUCGAGCCAUUUGCGCGACCUAGUCUACCGCGGCCGUGUCCUCCGGACUUCGAAGAUCAAUGCAGACGGCACCGCCACCGAGCAGACCGGUGAUGCGCACACCAACGGCCAUACCAACGGCACCGCCGCCUCCGACGAUGAGGGCAGCACGCAGCGAAGUAGCCAGCGCAAUGACCCGCAGACGGCAUGGGUCAUGGCUGUCUAUGAGGACGAUGCCGGCGAGGAGCAGAAGUGGAAGCGCACCAUUACCAGCAAUGGCCAGAGCGAGUACAGAAUCAAUAACCGCAUCGUCGCCGCCAAGCAAUACAACGAGGCCCUCGAGGCGGAGAACAUCUUGAUCAAGGCUCGCAAUUUUCUGGUCUUCCAGGGUGAUGUGGAAGCCAUCGCGUCGCAGUCGCCCAAGGACCUGACCAGGCUUAUUGAGCAAAUAUCUGGAAGCUUGGAAUACAAAGCCGACUACGAGCGCUUGAAAGUCGAGGCGGAGAAGGCCGCGGACGACCAGGGAUUCAAGCUAAACCAACGACGUGCGAUCAACUCCGAAAUCAAGCAGUACCAGGAGCAAAAGAAGGAAGCGGAGAACUAUGCUCGCAAAGCCGAGGAGCGCGACCAGGCCGUCGUCAGGCAUGUGCUGUGGAAACUGUUCCAUUUCCAGAGAAUCAUCGAGGAGUCGGGGGCCGAGAUUCAGAAGCAUCAGGAAGAACUCAAAGAGCACCGCCGCAGUAUGGAGAAAUACGAGCAGCGACUUGAGGACGCCAAGCGAGCUCAGGCAAAGGUCGGACAGAAUGUCUCCAAGGUAGAGCGAGGGAUUAAAGAGAAGGAAAAGGAGAUCGAAGACAAAGAGAACAGCCUGGUCCCCAUUGACGAGAAGAUCGCCAUCUCGAAUCGGAACGUGAAGAGAUACGAGGCAAGGAUCGAGGAGAUCACCAAGGAAAGCGAAAGUCAAUCCCGCAACGUUGAUCAGCUCAAGAAAGACUUGGCUACAGUACAAAAGGCGCAGCGGAAAUGGGAGGAAGAUUUCCGUCAGACUACCCAAGGCGGCCAGCAGCUGAGCGAAGCGGAUCUGCAGGAAUACAGCAGGCUCCGGAGUGAACUCACAAAGCGCACUGCGGCCACCCAGAUUCGUGUUGAUAACCUCACUCGACAACUCAAAACUGAUGAGGAAACCGUCAACAGCCUGAGGAGCAAGGUCGAAAGCACGCAAGCCCAAGCCAAGAAACUGGAAGAGGAGCUGCAGCAGCUUGGUGAACGCCGCGACAGCACCAAUGCGCAUAUUAAGCAGACCCAAAAGGACAUUGACACAAAGAAGAAGGAAUUCAACAAUCUGACGUCCGAACGCCUGCGCGCUGCCCAAAAACAGACCGAACUGGAGGAGAAGCUCCAAGAUGUCCUCAACAAGUUGCUUGAGGCGGACGACGGCCGCCGUGAGAGCGAGAAGGAGCUUCGUGCUAAGGAAACCGUGGCUGCGAUGAAGCGUAUUUUCCCGGGAGUCCGUGGCAGAGUACAUGAGCUCUGCAAGCCCAAGCAGAAAAAAUUCGAAACUGCGGUUAGCACGGUUCUUGGCCGUCAUUUCGACGCAAUUGUGGUCGACACUGAGAAGACUGCGAAAGACUGCAUUCAGUACUUGCGUGACCAGAGGGCUGGGCAAGGCACCUUCAUCCCGUUGGACACGAUCCAGGUCAAGGCUGUCAACCCGAAUUUGAAGGGAAUGCAUCGUGGCAUGCGCCUUGCCAUCGACACAAUCGAAUAUGACAGCUCUGUAGAGCGAGCAAUGUCCUACGCCUGUGGCAAUUCCAUUGUCUGCGAUGAUCUGAACGUGGCAAAGCACCUCGCUUAUGAGAAGGGUGUGGACGCGAAGGCGGUUACCCUCGAUGGCGUUGUGAUCCACAAGGGUGGCCUUAUGACUGGUGGACGGGGACCGCAGGACCGAAACGCCCGUCGAUGGGAAGACACUGAGGUCGAAAACCUCCGUCGGCUGAGAGACAAGCUCAUGGCAGAACAUGCUGCGUUGCCUAAGGGUCACCGCCGCGGUGCAGAAGAAGAGGCCUUGCAGGGGGAGCUGGCUGGCCUCGAGCAGCGACUUUACUACAUGCGCGAGGAAGUCAAGACUCUGAAUCGAAACAUCGAAAGCAAGAAACGUGAGCACGCUUUUGCCAUGGAGCAGCUGAACGAGGCUCAGCCAAAAUAUCAAGAGCAGUCGCAAGGCCUUGCGAACCUGAAGGACAAUCUGCAGACCUUCCGGAACUCAGUCAGUGAGGUUGAAGACGAUGUUUUCGGUCCCUUUUGCCAACGUCUUGGAUACGAAAAUAUCCGGGCUUUUGAAGCCCAGCAAGGAUCUCUUCAGCAAGAAGCAGCACAAAAGAAGCUGGAAUUCACACUCCAGCGAAGCAAGCUGGAGAACCAAUUGAGCUUUGAAACCCAGCGCCUACAGGCCACUCGCGACCGCAUCAAGGGCCUUGAGGACCAUGCCACCCGCGAUGAGCAACUGAUUGCAAAGUUGGAGUCCCAAAAGGAGGCGAUUCAGAACGAAAUUGACGUCCUUAGCGCCGAACUGGAGCAACUCAAGGAGCAAGUCGCAGGCCUUCGAGACAAGUAUAACCAGCGUGUGGAAGAGGUCAAUGCGCAGCGUCGUGAGCUGCAGAAACGCAACAAGAACGUCGAGGGCACCCUCAAAGCCGUAUCAGGCCUCGAAGCCGAGGUUCAGCGCAACGGCGCGGAUCGUUAUGCUUUGCUCCGAAAGUGCAAGAUCGACGAGAUCAAGAUUCCUCUGGCUCAGGGUUCACUCGAAAAACUGCCUUUGAACAACCUGCUGAACGGAACAGCUGAUCCGGACGCGAUGGACGUGGACGGCGAGGAUCAAGAUGCCACGCAGAUGGCCGGGGUCGACGUGCAAGACUAUGGAAUUGAAGUGGACUUCAGCUCACUAGAUGAGGAUCUCAAAGAAGACGACUCUACCCGGGCCAACGAGAAGCUGGAGGAAGCCAUCAACACUCUCAACUCGGAGCUCGAUAAGAUGGCGCCGAACAUGCGUGCGAAUGAGCGUCUCGAGGGGGUGGAAUCACGUCUCAAGACCACAGAGAAGGACUUUGAAAAUGCCCGCAAGGCAGCCAGUCGUGCUCGCAGAGAGUUCGAAGAUGUGAAGGAAAAGCGUCUCGAGCUCUUCAACAAGGCUUUCGAGCACAUCAGCGGACAAAUAGGCAAAGUCUACAAGGAUCUUACUCGGUCAGCGGCUUUUCCUCUCGGCGGCCAGGCUUAUCUCGACCAGGAAGACAGCGAAGAGCCGUACCUUGCUGGUCUCAAGUACCACGCCAUGCCUCCGCUUAAGCGGUUCCGAGACAUGGAACACCUUAGUGGUGGUGAAAAGACGAUCGCAGCGCUAGCUCUCCUAUUCAGUAUCCACUCAUUCCAACCCAGUCCUUUCUUCGUCCUGGACGAGGUGGAUGCUGCAUUGGACAACAUUAACGUUAUGAGGGUAGCACAGUAUGUGAAAGAGCACGCGGGGCCAGGCAUGCAAUUCAUUGUCAUUAGCUUGAAGACCGGCUUCUUCCAGGAAAGCGAGAGUUUGGUGGGAGUGAUGAGAGACCAGACGGCAAAUUCCUCAAGGACAUUGACACUGGAUCUGCGGAAGUACCAGGCCGCUUAG